AUGCAGCUUAGUCUUUCAUCUUUUUACCUCUGGGUAGCUGUGUUUUCUGCCUUUUCUAUCCUUGCUGCAGCAGACGGUGUUGAAACAAAUGGACAAAAUCCCAUUACAUAUCCACUCCUCGGAGAUUUAGUUGAUGCAGGAAACCCAGUCACGAUAACAUGGAAGCCUACAACGUCGGGAACCAUCACACUACAUAUCCUCAAGGGUCCUCCAGAUAACCUCUCAGAUCUUGGCGCUAUUGUCGUGGCUGCUCCGAAUUCGGGAUCUUACACAUGGACCGUCCCAAGCGACUACGAGGAUUCUUCAAAAAUGCCCGUGGGUGAUAAAUAUGGUAUUCAAAUAAUAGAUGAUUUGACGGGGACAUACGAAUACAGUCCUCCAUUUGAUAUGUCUGUACCUGCUCCAGUUACAAGCUCAACUUCAAAGUCGCCAGAAACUACGACUGCAACAUCCCAGCCAGCUGCAGAGACCUCAACAACCUUGCCAGGCAAAGAUACUACUACGCCCACCUCAGUCUUUUCGGAAACUCCCACUGGGAUAAGCAAUGCAAAAGAGGCAAAAGGCGUCGCAGGGGGCGAAGACCCCGCUGCCAUUACUUCAGCAUCUCAAUCGACAGCUUCAACGUCUUCCCUCUUAAAUAGUGAUAAAGAUCUUACAGCUGUUCCUGACCUGGGUUUGAUCUUUGGGGCAGCCAGUGCUGGUGUUGGGGGUCUUAUAAUAAUUAUCGUCAUCGCAGCUGUAUGGGCCCGUGUCCGCAGUGAUAAGAAGAAAGCAGAUUACUAUGGCAAAUCUUUCCGAGACCGACGAUCGGCCUUCGAUUCGCCAUCUACCCGGCAUUCCCGGUCAUCAUCCAGUUCCUCUUUCGGUGACCGUCGGGCGUCGCAACUAUUUAACUAUCCCCGUCUUCAGCGUCUCCUUUCUUCGCGCACAUUGAACCGUGGUCCGUCUACACGCUUGAGACGAGGUCUCUCCUCGCGCGGUGCUCAUCAUGGGCGAUCUUCACCACCACCGCCAAUCCCGAUGAUGCCGACAAUUAAACUCAAAAACCCCCCUCCCCCUCUUCGAGGGCCCCUCCAAGUCGUCAAUCGUCAUACGAUGCAUUCAAUCCCAGAUUCGCCUCCGCCACCAUUGACACCCUUGCCAAUAGCAAUGACCAGAGGUCCUCCAGAGCCUCUAAACCUUGGAUUACAAACCCAUCAGCCUUAUAAGCCAAGGGUGUAUACACCCAUAAGAUCUGGGUUCGAGGAUCUUCCAUUAUAG